UACAUUUCCCAGCAGGCGUCGCGGCUGCGCCAUACCACUUCCGGCCGGCAAGAUGGCGGCUUCCUAGUGAAUCGGCGGCUGGUUUGGACGGAGGCUCCGGCUACGCCACGCAGGAGCCAUGGAAGUGGUGGAACCCAAUAGCCCCACUGAGGAGGAAGAAGAGGAGGAGGAGCAGUCAGCAGGGCCCCGGCCGCGCACGCGCUCCAACCCCGAGGGAGCUGAGGAUCGGGCACUGGGGGCCCAGGCCAGCGUGGGCAGCCGCAGCGAGGGUGAGGGAGAGGCGGCCAGUGCUGAUGAUGGAACCCCGAAAGCUCCAGGAGCUGGCCCCAAGCCCUGGCAGGUGCCCCCACCAGCCCCGGAGGUCCAGGUUCGGACGCCAAGGGUCAACUGUCCAGAGAAAGUGACACACCUGCUCAGAGAGGGCCAGCAGCAUGGUGCCGGGGAUCCAGUGUUGGCGCCCAAGGGUCCCUCACCAGCUCUACCUUCCUUCCAGAUCAUCUGCCUGGACCUGUCGGAGGAAAUGUCACUGUUGAAGCUGGAGUCGUUUAAUGGCUCCAAGACCAACGCCCUCAACGUCUCCCAGAAGAUGAUCGAGAUGUUCGUGAGGACCAAACACAAGAUCGACAAGAGCCACGAGUUCGCGCUGGUGGUGGUUAACAAUGACACGGCCUGGCUGUCCGGCCUGACCUCCGACCCCCGCGAGCUCUGCAGCUGCCUGUACGACCUGGAGACGGCGUCCUGCUCCACCUUCAAUCUGGAAGGUCUCUUCAAUCUCAUCCAGCAGAAAACCGAGCUGCCGGUCACGGAGAACGUGCAGACGAUCCCGCCCCCGUACGUGGUCCGCACCAUCCUCCUGUACAGCCGUCCGCCCUGCCAGCCCCAGUUCUCCCUGACGGAGCCCAUGAAGAAAAUGUUCCAGUGUCCCUACUUCUUCUUCGAUGUCGUGUACAUCCACAACGGCGCGGAGGAGAAGGAGGAGGAGGUGACCUGGAAGGACAUGUUUGCCUUCAUAGGCAGCCUGGAUACGAAGGGUACCAGCUACAAGUAUGAGGUGGCACUGGCCGGGCCUGCCCUGGAGUUGCACAAUUGCAUGGCGAAGCUGUUGGCUCACCCGCUGCAGCGGCCCUGCCAGAGCCACGCCUCCUACAGCCUGCUGGAGGAGGAUGAUGAAGCCACCGAGGUGGAGGCCACUGUCUGAACCUUCCCUGCAGUGCUCAACCUUCUGGUCGGCCAGGGAGUGCCGAUUCUCAAACUGUUCUCAGGGGGAACACCUCGGGGGUUCCAGGAGGCACCCAGGGCACCUGAAGAGGUUCCUGAGAAGAAACCCAGGAGGCAUCCCUGGAACUCAUGGGUCUGUUGUAACGUUUGUUUUUCCGUGUUUGAUCUUUUUGUCACCAAAAUAAAAACCCAAGACUCAC